AUGGAGAUCGACUCCCUGAGACGUGGCCUCGACGAGGUCCUCUCUGCGCAGCGCUCACGGGAGGAGCUCCAGGGCCAGCGGGCCGAAGCCUUGGCCGAGGAGUUGGCCGGGGCGCGGCAGGCGGUGCAUCGACUUGAGGCCCAGUCGGAGGACUUCCAGUCCCGGCUUCAAAGCCAGAUGCAGGAGAUGGAGCGCAUGCGCGCCGACACGCAGGAGUGUCUGCGGGAGAACGACGCAUGCGCCCGGGAGAGGGCGCUGCUCUCCCAGAGAUUACAGGAGGUGGAGGCCGGACUCGGAGAUGUCCGGAGCCAGCUCCGUGAGCACAGCAUCGAGAUCGAGAAACUGAAG